AUGGCUUUGCGUCGUACUGUGCAGUGGCUCGUGGCUGCUGCCAGUGUUACACAGAUCUGUGCUAGUCCACAUGGUCUUGUCCGCCGCCAAAACUCCUCGCCGAUCGAAAGUUGUCCCGGAUACAAGGCUACCAAUGUUCAACAAACCAACCAAGGAUUGACUGACAUCAAGAACCUCAAGCUCGAGAUCACCCACGAGACUGGAAACAGACUCCAUGUCCAGAUCUACGACACCGAUGAGAACGUUUAUCAAGUCCCUGACUCUGUUCUUCCACGCCCAAGUGUAGAUGGGAAUGUUACAUCGAGUCAGCUUGUUUUCGAAGUUGUCAAUGACCCAUUCUCAUUCGCAGUGUCCCGCCGUAGUGGUGGACCAGCUUUGUUCAACACGACCGGAGCAGAACUCAUCUUUCAAUCUCAGUACUUGCGACUUCGCACUGAACUUUCCGAGAAUCCUCACCUCUACGGACUUGGCGAGCACUCUGACCCAUUCCAGCUCAACACCACAAACUACACCCGUACUCUCUGGUCUCGUGAUGCCUACUCCAUUCCUGAAGGCAGCAACUUGUAUGGAAACCACCCAGUCUACUUUGAUCACCGUGGCGCGGACGGCACGCAUGGUGUUUUCCUUUUGAACAGCAAUGGCAUGGAUAUUAAGAUCAACAACACCGCAGAAGCCGGCCAGUACCUUGAGUACAACGCAAUUGGAGGCAUUGUUGACCUCUACUUCUUGGCUGGGCCAACACCCACCGAAGUUGCCAAACAAUAUGCAGAGGUCGUUGGCUUGCCAGUUGAGAUGCCAUACUGGGGUNNACGCUUCGGUUUCCACCAGUGCAGAUAUGGAUACAGAGAUGUCUAUGAAGUCGCUGCCGUGGUCGCGAACUACAGUGCUGCUGAUAUUCCUCUGGAAGUCAUGUGGACCGACAUCGACUACAUGGACAGCAGACACGUCUUCACUACUGACCCAGAUCGGUUCCCGCUGAACAAGAUGCGAGAAUUGAUUUCCACUCUGCACGCCAGACAACAAUCUUACAUUGUCAUGGUUGACCCUGCAGUUGCCUACUACAACUACUCUGCCUUCAACAAUGGUGUCGAUGCAAACGCUUUCCUCAAAAGAUUGAAUGGAUCAGUCUACGAAGGUGUCGUCUGGCCUGGUGUUACUGCAUUUCCUGACUGGUUUGGCGUUGGAACGCAAGAGUACUGGAACAACGAGUUCACCACAUUCUUCAAUGCUGACACUGGUGUCGAUAUCGAUGCUCUAUGGAUCGAAGUCAGAGCAAAUGCAGGAUAUUCAAUUCCUGGCUUCCCUGCCGACUUCCAGCCUGGCUCAGCAAAACGUAAAGCCAAGCGUCAGUCGAAUAGCACCGGCACUCAUCUUGGUCUACCCGGCAGAAAUCUGAUCGAUCCUCCAUACACCAUCAACAACGACGCUGGAAGCUUGUCCAACAAGACCAUCGAUACUGAUCUCUAUCAUGAGAACGGCUUGGCCAUGUACGACACUCACAAUCUCUACGCACCUUCGCUGGAGCUGGAGCACACGUUGGCCAUUGGCUGGGCGAUAAUUCAAGUNGGCUGGCGCUGGUACAGGGUAUCGAUUGCUCAGAUGCUGGAGUUCGCUGCCAUUUUCCAGAUACCUAUGGUUGGUAGUGACGUGUGCGGUUUUGGAGGAAACUCAUACCCCGAGUUGUGUGCUCGAUGGGCCACUCUCGGUGCUUUCUAUCCCUUCUACCGCAACCAUGCAGAGCUCGGAACUGUCAAUCAAGAGUUCUACCGCUGGAACCUGACAACUGCUGCUGCUCAAAAGGCAAUCAACACACGCUACAGACUGCUCGAUUACCUCUACACAGCCUUCCACGAGCAGACCGUGAGCGGCAAGCCAUUGAUUCAGCCUUUGUUCUUCGUCUACCCAGAAGACUCUAACACCUUCCCUAUCGAGCAUCAGUUCUUCUGGGGUGACAGAAUCUUAGUCAGCCCUGUUGUAGAUGACAACAGUACAAGCGUCACAUUCUACCUCCCUGAUGACAUUUUCUAUGACUACUUCACCUACGAGCCCGUACGCGGAGCUGGCGACUGGGUGACUCGCGACAAUGUCGACUUCACCGAGAUCACUGCCCACAUCCGUGGCGGCAGUAUCCUGCCUCUACGCCAGAACUCUGCCAACACAACCACCGAACUGCGCAAGCAAGACUUUGUCCUUGUCAUUGCACCUGAUCUUGAGGGCAAGGCGGAGGGUACGUUGUACUUGGACGAGGGCGAUGCCAUCGAACAACCUCAGACCAGUCUCAUCACCUUCAGCUACGCAAACGGCACCUUCACCAUGGGCGGCAGCUUUGGUUAUUCGACCGACGCCAACAUCGUGAGUCUAACCGUGCUGGGACAAGGCAGCAAUGUGACCUCAGUGGCCAGUAAGAGGGACUCGAGCGUUGUGUUUGAUACGGACAGAAAGUUGAUCACCAAGAAGCUCGGUGUACCGCUGACCGAAUCGUUCAAGACUACUCUGGUCUGA